AUGGCGUCGCUGGAUCUAGAAGAGUAUCGACGCUAUGGCAGACAAAUGCUGCUGCCAGAGAUCGGUAAACCCGGCCAACUCUCUCUGAAAAGUAGCUCUGUUUUGAUAGUGGGUGCUGGCGGCUUGGGUUGCCCAUGCGUUGCGUACCUAGCAGGUGCUGGCGUCGGUCAUCUUGGUGUCGUGGACGCAGAUACAAUUGACAUAUCAAAUUGUCACCGUCAGAUAUUGCACAAGCCAUCCGACGCAGGCACAUCAAAGGUUGACUCCAUCGCCAGCUUCGUCAAGGAGCUCAAUGCGCAAAUACACUUUACGGGCUACAAAGAAAGACUUGUUGCAACCAAUGUCAUGUCUGUUCUUGCACCAUUCGACCUCAUACUGGACUGUACAGACAAUCAGCAGACGCGCUAUCUCAUCUCUGAUGCAUGUGUUUUGCUCGACAAACCUCUGGUUUCUGGAUCAGCUCUCAAGAUGGAUGGCCAGUUGGCUGUCUAUAACCAUCAAGGUGGUCCUUGCUACCGUUGUAUCUUUCCGAGUCCUUCUCCGGCGGCCAGCGUACAGUCCUGUGGAGAGGCAGGCGUUCUUGGACCUGUAGUUGGGAUUAUCGGCGUGAUGCAAGCUCUUGAGGCAAUCAAGAUCCUGAUCAAAAUACCUUUGCACAGACCGUCGAAAUUGCUCCUUUUCUCGGCCUACGGCGAGCCACAGUGGCGUCAGAUCACAUUACGAGGCAAGAAACCAUCUUGCGCAGUGUGCGGUGAGAAGCCGUAUAUAACCAAAGAGUCCAUCGUACAAGAUACAACUGGACAGUAUGAAAUUUCGUGCUCGCUGGACGCAGCUCCUUUGCAGGUUAGCAAAGGAGAACAUCGCAUAAAUGCUCUGGAAGCAAAAAACGCGAUGCACACAUUUCACAUCAUCGACGUUCGAGACCCUACCCAAUUCGGUAUCGCCUCUCUGCCUGGAUCGAAAAACGUUCCCCUUGAUGAUUUGACAUCCUAUCAGCACGAUUGUCCAGUUGACAAGACCUCUCUUGUGUAUGCUGUGAUGAAUUUAAAGGCCAAAUACGGUGCACAUGAAUUUGUUGACAUGAUUGGUGGUCUAGAGGCCUACAGCAACAUCGACAAGACCUUUCCUUGCUAUUAA